AUGAGGACAUUGUGGCUUUUCCCCCUUGUAGUGGCGUUAUGCCACAGCCACGUCAUCAGGGAGGACGAGAGAGACUUGGAGUGGUGGGAGACCAGUAUUCUGUACCAGAUCUACCCGCGGUCCUUCGCCGACAGUGACGGGGACGGUAUUGGUGAUCUCAAGGGAAUCACAUCAAAAUUAGGAUACGUGAAAGAGAUCGGUGUUGGAGCGAUAUGGCUGUCACCGAUAUUCCAGUCUCCCAUGUACGAUUUCGGAUAUGACAUUUCCGACUUUUAUGCUAUCCAUGAUGAAUUCGGCACCAUGGAAGAUUUCGAAGAACUCAUGGCGAAGGCAAACGAACUAGAUAUAAAAAUUGUUCUCGACCUCGUGCCCAAUCAUGGUUCUAACGAGAGCGUGUGGUUCCAAGAAGCCCUCAACGGCAACGAGAAAUAUUACAACUACUUCGUUUGGGAGGACGGGAUUAUUGACGAGGAAGGCAAUAGACAACCGCCAAAUAAUUGGCUAAGUCAUUUCCGAGGCAGCGCUUGGGAAUGGAGGGAUGAAGUUGGGAAAUAUUAUUUGCAUCAAUUCGCUGUCGGUCAACCCGAUUUCAACUACCGCAAUCCUGAGGUGGCAGAGGAAAUUAAGAAUGUUAUAAGGUUUUGGCUCGAGAAAGGAGUAGCCGGGUUUAGAGUCGAUGCAGUGAAUUGCUUAUUCGAAGUAGAUAAAGAGCUUUACGGUGGAAAGUACCCCGACGAACCGCGUUCGGGCGACAUCGACGCGGACCCAGAUUCACACAACUACUUAAACCACAUUUACACCAAGGACAGAAAUGAAACGUACUACAUGGUUUACGAUUGGAGAGAUGUCCUCGAGGAGUUUGCCGCAAAAGACGGCAUGCCUAGAGUGAUGAUGACUGAAGUUUAUGCUACGGUUCAAAACGUUAUGAGGUAUUUCGGUGAAGGAGACAGAAUCGGUGCUCAGAUGCCUUUUAACUUUGCCCUCAUAGAAGAUAUCAAUGGUGAUUUUUCAGCUCCUGACCUGAAGAGGUCGAUUGAAAAGUUCUUGACUUACAAGCCAAUUGAUAAAAAUGCUAACUGGGUGGUUGGUAAUCAUGACAACAGUAGAAUGGCAACUAAAUUUGGACCUACACGCGUAGAUGCCAUGAACAUGGUUGUCUUAUUGUUGCCUGGUGUUGGAGUCUCUUAUAUGGGCGAGGAACUCGGUAUGGAGGAUGGUUACGUGAGCUGGGAGGACACCGUUGACCCGUCAGGAUGCAAUACUAACGACCCAAUAAACUACUACAAAGAGUCACGCGACCCAGAGAGGACGCCGUUCCAUUGGAACGCUGAGAAAAAUGCCGGUUUUUCUACGGCUGACAAAACAUGGCUGCCUAUGGCUGAUAAUUAUGAACUAGUGAACGUAGAAGUUCAAAAGGCAGCAGCGAGAUCUCAUCUGAAGGUUUAUCAAGCCUUAGCUGAAUUGCGCCAAGAAAAAACCUUCAAAUACGGACGAUAUGAAUCGCUGGCUUUCAAUGAAGACGUUUUAGUAUUCCGAAGAUGGUACAAGGGUGAAACAUAUUUGGUGGUUAUAAACCUGCAUGAUAAAGACCAUAUCCUUGACUUGACGUAUCUCGAGAACGUGAGUGGGGAUGCGAGUGUCGUCAUUACGAGUGUGGAGUCUCCUAAGCAGGAAGGGGACAUCGUCAACGUGUCGGCUCUACCCGUGGCGCCAAAUGAGAGUAUCGUGCUACGGCUCGCUACAAUUUUGCUACUGAAGGCGUUGGUCAUUUUUGGCCACGCGACUGCGGAUAGAGAAUUAGAUUGGUGGGAGACAACUAUAUUCUAUCAAAUCUACCCUCGGUCUUUUAUGGACAGUGAUGGCGAUGGUAUUGGGGAUAUUAAAGGAAUAACAUCUCAAUUGGAGUAUUUGAAGGAGCUCGGCGUUGGAGCGACAUGGCUGUCGCCAAUUUUCAAGUCGCCGAUGUACGACUUCGGAUACGACAUCUCAGACUUCUAUGACAUACAAGAGGAAUACGGCACUAUGGAGGAUUUCGAAAACUUGAUAGCUAAAGCUAAUGAACUAGAUAUUAAAAUUAUUUUGGACUUCGUCCCGAAUCAUGGCAGUAAUGAAAGUUAUUGGUUCGACGAAGCGUUGAAAGGUCACGAGAAAUAUUUGGAUUACUUUGUAUGGGAAGACGGUAUCGAAGAUGAAAAUGGAAAUUUACACCCACCUAGCAAUUGGUUGAGCGUGUUCAGAGACAGUGCCUGGGAGUACAGGCCGGAAGUAGGUAAAUACUAUCUGCACCAGUUCGUCGUCGGCCAGCCAGACUUCAACUACCGCAACCCUGACGUCGUAGAAGAAAUGAAAAAUAUCCUUCGUUUCUGGUUAGACAAGGGAGUAGCCGGGUUCAGGGUCGACGCUUGUGCACACUUAUUCGAAGCCGAAAAGAUUGACGGUAAAGUGCCCGACGAACCGAUAUCUGGAAAUAGGCUCGACGAUCCCAACCACUACGAUUAUCUCGACCACAUUUACACCAAGGAUCUGGACGAGACCUACGAACAGAUUUACCUAUGGAGGGAAGUAUUAGAAGAAUAUAAAGCAAAGGAUGGAAUGUCUAGAGUCAUGAUGACAGAAGUUUACACAAAUCCACAAAAUACGAUGAGAUAUUUUGGAGACGGUGUACGCGAUGGCGCUCAAAUGCCGUUCAAUUUUGUUCUUAUUUCUGAUGUCAACGGGGAAUCUACAGCGGCAGAAAUGAAAUAUGCCAUCGACAAAUUCUUAACAUUCAAACCGAUCGAUAAAUUAGCUAACUGGGUGGCUGGUAAUCACGAUAACAACAGAGUUGCCUCAAGAUUCAGUCCGGAAUCGGUUGACGCAAUCAACAUGAUUGUGCUGUUACUUCCUGGAAUUGCUGUGACAUACAUGGGCGAGGAAAUAGGCAUGGUUGAUGGAUGGAUAAGCUGGGAAGAUACAGUAGAUCCCAGUGCGUGUAACACAGGCGAUCCGCUGAAGUACGAAGAAUCAUCGAGAGACCCGGAAAGAACUCCAUUCCAAUGGAACUCUGAAAUGAAUGCAGGAUUUUCGACAAGUGACAAGACAUGGCUGCCUGUAGCAGACGGCUAUGAAACCUUGAACGUCGAAGUUCAAAGGAAUGUUGAGAAAUCUCAUUUGAAUGUGUACAAAUUUUUGUCUCAAUUGCGAACCGAAGUUACCUUCAGACAGGGAAGAUACGAGUCCGUAGCAUUCAAUUCGGACGUAUUCGCUUUUAGAAGAUGGCAUCAGGAUGAGAUGUACGUCGUCGUGAUGAACUUCAGAGACGUGGCACACACUAUCGACCUGACGUACUUCGAGAACGUCGUUGGACAGCUAGAGGUCCUCGUCAGCAGCGUCAACUCACCCAAAAACGCCGGUGAUUUGGUAGAGGCCAGCAGCCUGAACGUGGAACAAUACGAAGCUGUGGUACUCAAGCUGAUCCAAUAG